UGGGCAAGCUCGAGGGCAGUAUCGUCAUUUAGACAGCCGGCUCGCGCACAAAAACACAACAAAAAUUAUUUGAAGAGAGCCACUUUCCCUCUCACUCUUCCCCGGUCGUCUUCUUCGUCAGUGUGCCUCUGAACUUGCUAGGGUUUCGUACUUCGAUCCAUCUGCUUCUCUCCUUCUCUCUUGAUUCUGCAGCUCUGGUCGACCAUUCUUCUCUCCGGAGAGUCUUUCGGAGCAAUGGAUCAGAAGCAAAGCGAGAAGAGCAGCGGUAUCCCGAGGAGCUCGAGAGGAUCGGAGAUUGCUUCUCAGACGCCUCAGAAAACAAACGAGCCUCUACUCACUGAACCGAAGCUCCCGAAAAGGUAUAAGAUCAUUUCGGAGUUCUUCGAUCAGAUGACCUGCUCCCUGAGGUUGCUGAGUUUGUGCAAGAAGUCGCCUACAUUCCGAAAUGUCAGCGCUCAAGUCCAAGUUCUGACGAAGAGAGAAUUUCUGUAUGGGCAUCUCGCGCAGAUUAAGUAUAUACUUCCCGAAGCUGUACAGACAGAUAAGAUCCUUGUACAUGACAAGAAAACUCUAUGCGUGAGGCCAGACGUGAAAAUCACUCUGCUGUUUGAUGGCAUUGAUGUGCACUUGGAACGAUCUAGAGUCAUAGCACUGCAGGAACUUUUUGCAUCCAGGCUUGAGGAUUUUGUUAGUUCUCAUCCGGAGGCUUGUGAUGUCCCAGAGGCUAUGUUGCCAGAGCUCUUCAAUCAAAGUUCUAAAGUAUUUUCUCAGACCAAUUAUAGCCUAGAAGAUGUUGGUGGGGAUUCUAUUGUACAAUCUCAACCUACUCCUGAAGUUGGAAACUUGUUGGAAGUGCCUGAUACCUUGCAACAUGUCAGAAAGCAUUUCUCAGAGGUCAUUGUUCCUGCUUUGGAAAAAACAGGUCUCUUGGUAUCACAAAGCCCUCCUCCACCUUCCAUGCGUAACCAAGAAAGUGAAAGCAGGGGUGAGAUUUGCAUAGAUACUGUAUGUGCGGAUUCUGAUGUUGUAAAUGGCCAAGCUGUCAAUAGUGGGCAAAAUGAAGUAACUCCUGAAGGUUUUCCUGGAUUUACCGGCAGUACAAACUCCACCCAGUUGACCGGAACUGGUCCUUCUGUUGGUUAUGUUGCUUGUGAAAGUCCUGCUGUCAAAGUUUCAUCUUCUGGUGAAAAUUUAUCGAUUGAAACACCUGCUCAAUUGACUCCAAAGAGAGCAAUACCCAAUGGUGAUGAUUACCAGAAAUCCACAUAUGGUGAUGGCGAUAAGUGUUUGCCUAGCCAUAAGCCCACGAAAAGAUCUCUUAAUUUCUUCGUGGAAGGUGAUGGUAAUGCAUCGAGUUUCACUGUGGGUGAGUCAGAGAGUUGUGAACAUGUUCCCUCUAACAGUAUUUGUGCUACAGUACCUAUAGCGGAAUCGAGCAUCUCUACUUCUGCAGCAGUACCUUGGCAGGAGAAAUGUCACGAUGCUGAGGAUCACAUUUUCAGCCAAACAAGAUCAGGAAUGUGCCAGCAGAUGGCUUCUUCCUUGCCUGGAACUGUUGCUGUUAUAAAUGAUAUUUCCCUGGCUGUGGGUUGCUCUUCAGUCACAAAAGAGGAGCUCCUGCAUAAGAUAAUAAUCAAUAAUUUUGACAUUGUUGAGAGAAGAGAGGCAGAAGAACAGGUUGAACUUCUUGAAAAGCUAGUCCCAGGUUGGAUUUAUAAGAAGUCCACACCGAGUGGAGAUACUACAUACAGUGUCAAGAGAGUGUCAAGUGUCGAAUCUGUACUCUCCAGGCUUUUCAGCACGUGAUCAUGCCACAAAAGGUGAUUCCAUGACAGGCUCGGCGAAUUUGCAGCAAAGAGGUUGCAGAUUAGUAUAUUAAUUGGCCGUGCAUGUCAGUGGUGCCAGUUGAUUCAGGUCCAUGAGAAGUUAAGAGAACUCGGUUGUAGUUCAUUUUGAUGGCUUUGGUUCCUUCUCGGUUCGGGUAUUGUUGAAAGGUUUAACACAACAAUUGUUCCUUUUCAAUCCUUCGUUGUAUAGUCUCGAUUUACUAAUUCAUUACUAGCAUAAACAAGCUUGUGUUAUCAAAGGAAUUGCUGAUAUAAAUGAACACUUCUCUUGCUAAUCA